UCCACCUCCGAUAGUUUUCGAAAAUAAAAAAAAAGAAACAAAAUUAUAUGCGAAAAGUAAUUUUUUUUUUUCAAAAACACCUCAUUGUUAUACCGUUUCUAACCUAUUAUGUGGUCGAUUUUUGAAUUGUUUUUGACGUCAUUGCAAAGAAUACAUCUCCGAAACAUUGAAAAACACAUGAGCGCCUUAUUUUUAUGCGAACAAAUUGUUUAAAUUUUCAAAUAUAUGUAUUUAUGUGUAUUUAAAAAUUACCUACGUUUUUUUUAGUUUAAAUAUUUGUGCUAUUUCGUGCAUCUGCUGUCAAUAAACAAAAAGAUUUUAUAAAUACAAAAAAAUCAAAAUUUUUACAAUGUUGUGCAAACAUCAUUGAUGAGCACAUCAACGAGGUUAAUACGCUAAUGGCGUGUAUGCGGUCUACAAGGAAUUUGAAUUGAAAAUAAAAUUAAUUAAAAAAAAAAAACCUAGACCGGCACUAGCAGGAGCAGUAUACUCUACACCAGCAAUAACGAAAACGCCGACGACGUUGAAUUUAAAAUAUGGAAGACAUUAACUGGGUGAUUGCGGGCAGAUGAAAAUUUAAAAGGCAAACCCAAAUUAAGUGGAUAAGAUAAUGAGAGGUUAUUCAUAAAUUAGCAAAAAAGGAAGUCCCCGAAAAGUAUGCAACCUUAUCAACUGAUAUUUCAAAUAUGGCUGCAAAGUGAUUAUCUUCGGCCAACACGUCGAAAACCCUGAAGGGUUUUUGGUAUAUUAAACGAACACAAUAUUUAACAUUUGUCUUAUCAUAACGAAGCAAAAUAAAAAAAAAUGAGUCGUAAACGCUCAUUUAAACGAAGAGAAAAACCACCAUUCGAACGAUUCAAAGAUCAUUUCAGAGCAUUUACUGCCUUUAUGUUUAGCAAUGUGGGAAUUAUUCUAUUGGUGAUAAUCUAUACGAUAGGUGGUGCAUUUAUGUUUCAAGCAAUUGAAACUUCCGAAGCGAAUAAGGUGGCACGAAAGACGAGUGUGGGGGAACGCAAUAAGACAGUGAUAGCGGAUCUUUUGUGGAAGAUCACUUGUUGUGAAUCGAAUAUUUUUAAUGAGACUGAAUUCAAAAAAAGGAUGAAUGAAACGAUUUUUUACUUUCAAAGAGCAGUAAUUAAGGCUGAACUAGAUGAUGUGGAUAUAAAACAGCAGUGGAGUUUUUCAGGAGCAUUUCUUUAUUCAUUAACUGUCAUCACAACUAUUGGAUAUGGAAAUAUAACUCCCAAAUCCAAUUGGGGUAAACUAAUUACCAUUCUCUAUGCGAUAAUCGGAAUGCCACUGUUUCUCCUGUAUCUAUCAAAUAUCGGUGAUAUUCUGGCCAAAUCCUUCAAAUGGAUCUAUGCUAAAGUUUGUCUAUGCCGAAUAUGUCCUGGUGUAGCUCGAAGACGAAUAAUACGAGAACGUCGAAAAAUUCGACGAAUGGCACUCGAAAGAGAUCUCGAUAGUAUGGAAGAAGGAUCAGAAUCCAAAUCUAGUAAUUCCAGUGAUCAAACUUCAUCUGAAACCAACGAUUUCUACGAAGAAGAUGAUUCUGAAAUUGAAGCUGAAAUUCAAACCAAUACAGAAACUGUAACAGUUCCAGUAACUGUUUGUAUUUGUAUUAUGAUUGGGUACAUCUUGUUUGGAGCAUUCAUGUUUGGAACAUGGGAAAACUGGACUCUUCUAGAUGGAAGUUAUUUCUGUUUUAUAUCACUAAGCAGUAUUGGUUUCGGGGAUAUAGUUCCGGGCGAAAAAGUGAUAACAAACAAUGAUAUAACAAAUGUUGAAACAAGUUUCAUUCUUUGUGCUGUGUAUUUGUUACUAGGAAUGGCGUUGAUUGCUAUGUGCUUUAACUUAAUGCAGGAACAAGUUAUAUACCAAAUGAGGUCUAUUAAGCGUGUAUUGAAAAUAUGUUUCCGUUGUAAGAGGUGAUAAAGGCUAUGGUGGCUGAAGAACCCACGAACGAAAACCCACAACGGCUAUGUUCUAAACCAAAGAGGUAGAACACUAAAAACGCAUCAGCGUGCAUAACGGUGAGAAGCUGGGCUAUAAUUGCGUAAAAUGAAAACUAGCUGGUUAUUUCAUUUCGAUGUGUAAAAAUUAGAAAUGAAGUUGUUGGGUUGUAUUAAUUUUACAAGUUUAGAUCCCAAUUUUAAAUUUGAGCUGUUUGAGCUAGGACCAACAAUCUUGUUCCUUCGGUUGAUGGCUAUGUAGAGUAAAAAAAAAAGUUCAUUCAUAAUACCUAAAAAUCACAGUUUGAAACAUUUGAUUUAAUUUUUGUAACUGAAUAAUCGUCCGAAGACUAGUUUAAAUAAAACAUGCUGCCAAUGAAACAUACCCAUUUAACCCAGCACAGAUGCAAAAAAGCCCCAAGAGAAAAACAGCUUGCAGCCGUAUGAUAUGAAAAGACCCUUCCAAAAUUCCUUCACUAAAAAAUAGUUUAUAAGCUAGACUUAAAUCUAACUAUAGUUUAUAUUUAUAUAAUAGAGUAGUAGUUAUUUAUAGUAAUUUUCUAUUCAAAUAAUGAUAUUUAAUAAAAAAAAUUUUAAUUUA